AUUUUGACCUCUGAAGAUUCGUGAAGCAAAACUCCCUUACUCCAAAGAAAAUGUCUAAAGCAACUGGACCAGCUAUUGGUAUUGAUCUGGGUACCACUUACUCCUGUGUCGGUGUGUUCCAGCACGGGAAAGUAGAAAUCACUGCUAACGACCAGGGGAACAGGACUACCCCUAGCUAUGUCGCCUUCACUGACUCCCUUGGAAUCGAGACAGCAGGAGGUGUCUUCACGGCUCUCAUCAAGAGAAACUCUACCAUCCCAAAGAAAGAGCAAGAGACCUUCACGACUUACUCUGACAACCAGCCAAGUGUCCUUAUCCAGGUCUAUGAAGGAGAGAGGGCCAUGACCAAGGACAAUAAUCUCCUUGGUAAGUUUGAGCUCUCUGGCAUCCCUCCUGCUCCUCGUGGAGUACCUCAGAUCCAGGUUACAUUUGAUAUCGAUCGUAACGGUAUCCUCAACGUCUCUGCCUCUGACAAGAGUACUGGAAAGGAGAACAAAAUCACCAUCACUAAUGACAAAGGACGUCUCUCAGCUGAAGAGAUCGAGCGUAUGGUCAAGGAAGCAGAAGAGUUCAAGGCUCAAGAUGACAAGCAGAGGGAAAGGAUUGCUGCCAAGAAUGCCCUUGAGAGCUACGCAUUUAACAUGAAGAGUACAAUGGAAGACGAUAAAAUCAAAGACAAAGUCAGCGAAGACGAACGCACUCAAGUUGUGGAUAAAUGCAAGGAAGUCAUUGCCUGGCUUGACAAGAAUCAGACCGCAGAGAAAGAAGAGUUUGAGCACCAGCAGAAAGAACUGGAGAAGGUCUGUACACCAAUCGUUACUAAGCUUUAUGCUGCUGGUGGAGGAGCACCUGGUGGAAUGCCUGGCGGUAUGCCAGGAGGCUUCCCAGGGGCUGGAGGAGCACCUCCAACUGGUGGCAGUGAUGGUAAUGGAGCUGGUCCCACCAUUGAAGAGGUUGACUAAUAACUUGACAUCAUUUAUUGGCUAUUGCUGUGGACUAUUUAGACUAUUUAUGUAUCAUUUUAUUUAGUGUUUUUGGAUUGAUUUAGUGUCCAUAUAAUGUGUAUUAUAAUUAUAUCAUUAUAAUUUGUGAUUAUUAUUUGUGAUCAUUUUCAAAGCACAUUAUGAUUAAAAUUAGUUAAAAAUAA